GUUUGGCCUGCAAGCGGGCAGUGCGCGGAUCCCCCGCCCCACAGUUCUGGCCGUGGUCCCGGUGCGCACGGACGUGGCUCGAGUUUCCCCUGCUCUCCACUCUCGUUCUCUUUCCCCUCUCCGGCUCUUCCUUCUCUCCCGCUCUCCCGCUGCAGCUUGACCCGGCCGGCACCUCACGGCUCCUGGUAGCCAUGGAGGACAUCACGCUCCAGAUCGUCGAGCGGCCGUUUUCCAGUUUCCCCGACGCCUCCGAGGCCGCGGAGCCCUCAUCCGUAGGGGCGCCGGCAACUGAGGAGCGGUCGGGAGCCGGCUCUGAAGAGCUGAUCAAGUCAGACCAGGUGAACGGCGUACUGGUGCUGAGCCUUCUGGACAAAAUCAUCGGUGCGGUCGACCAGAUCCAGCUGACCCAAGCCCAGCUGGAGGAGCGGCAGGCGGAGAUGGAAGGCGCGGUGCAGAGCAUCCAGGGUGAGCUGAGCAAGUUGGGUAAGGCACAUGCCACCACGAGUAACACUGUGAGCAAGUUGCUGGAGAAGGUGCGCAAGGUCAGCGUCAACGUGAAGACGGUGCGUGGCAGCCUGGAGCGCCAGGCCGGCCAGAUUAAGAAGCUGGAGGUCAACGAGGCCGAACUGCUGCGGCGCCGCAACUUUAAAGUCAUGAUCUACCAGGAUGAAGUGAAACUGCCGGCCAAACUGAGUGUCAGCAAGUCGCUGAAAGAGUCCGAAGCGCUGCCAGAGAAGGAGGGCGAUGAGCUGGGAGAAGGAGAGCGGCCCGAGGAGGACACGGCAGCAGUUGAGCUGUCCUCGGAUGAGGCGGUGGAGGUAGAGGAGGUCAUUGAAGAGUCGCGUGCUGAGCGCAUCAAGCGCAGCGGCCUGCGUCGUGUGGAUGACUUCAAGAAGGCCUUCUCCAAGGAGAAGAUGGAGAAGACCAAGGUGCGCACCCGUGAGAACCUGGAGAAGACCCGUCUCAAGACCAAGGAGAACCUGGAGAAGACUCGGCACACGCUGGAGAAGCGCAUGAACAAGCUGGGCACGCGCCUGGUCCCAGCCGAGCGACGCGAGAAGCUCAAGACCUCUCGCGACAAGCUGCGCAAGUCCUUCACACCUGACCACGUGGUUUACGCGCGCUCCAAGACCGCGGUGUACAAGGUGCCGCCCUUCACCUUCCACGUCAAGAAGAUCCGAGAGGGCGAGGUGGAGGUGCUGAAGGCCACUGAGAUGGUGGAGGUGGGCCCGGACGACGAGGAGGUCGGCGCUGAGCGAGGUGAGGCCACCGACCUGCUUCGUGGGAGCAGCCCCGAUGUGCACACGCUGCUGGAGAUCACCGAGGAGUCGGAUGCAGUGCUGGUGGACAAGAGCGACAGCGACUGAGCGGGACGCGAGACCGGCGCCUCGCCCUGCCGCUCCCCACCCCUGAUACCACCCCACUCCUUUCCCUUUUCAAACUUUCUCUUUCGCAUUCUCUCUCAGCCCUGACCUGGUUGAGAUUUUUCUAAGUUGAAAACACCUCCUCUUGAGGAACACCCCUCCAAGUCACAGCUGUUAGACUGGAGGGGGAGGCAGCCCCCACCAUGGACACCCCCAAUUUGGACGUAGUCUAAAUGGAAAUGGGAAGAAAAGUGAUCUGUGCCCUGUUUGUCCAAUUUAGGGGAUUCUAGAGGAAAUUGCUAAUUCCAUGGUUGGGCCCCAUGGGGGGGGGCUGCCUGCCCCUCCACACAGCACCCACUCCCAGCUGCAUCAUUCCUGCUCACUAAGCUCUUCCCCUUCCUUCUUAUCCUCAACCCCAGAGGCUCCAAAACCACAGUUACCAAGAGGAAAGCUCGAGCCCUAAAGAGGACCUUUGCCCACACGGGAGGUCUCCUCCCAGAAGACCUGAGGGUGUUUGGGGGAGGACCCUCAGGAGUGAGGAAGAAAGGCAGAGUGAGCCUUGACCUUGGAUAAGGGUCCAGCACAGGCUGUAUCCACAAAGAGCCCCAACAAGGAAGCCUGGAAGCAAGCAGAACCUGGGGCAGGAGGGCUGUGGAGAUAUGGAGAGCACACAGCCGAGGGGGAGGAGCACGCUUACUUGUCUAUGCAUCCGCUCGCAGGAGCACAUGGCUGUGGCUUUGGGAAGGAGAAGGGAAAACUAGGAGAAGAUGGAAUGGGUGAAAAGAGAAGUGGCCUCAUUAGCGUCAUGAGAAAACAGGACACGAAUCCCAUAUUACUGGGGUUUUCAGGAUAGCAGGACUAUUUUCAGGAGCUGGAAGGGGGACAGUGUGAGAAAAAGGUGAUCCAAAGAGGAGAGAGGUAUGUUUUGCCUGAUCCCUUAACUAGGGUCUGGGUGCUACCCUCAGAGGAAGCCUAGUUCUUUUUUUUUUUUUUUGGAAGCCUAGUUCUUAAAGCAGAGAAGAUUCAGGUCCCAGAAGGGGGCAGCAGCAGGCUGUGGAGAGCUGGGAGUUAGGCCGGAAGUCAGGCUGAAAAUAGCCAGGUGCUAAUGGCCAGGCCUGGAACAGAGAGCCAGAGGUGGAAGCCCGGGAGCACAGUGUAGAGUAGCCAGCCCCAGCCCCUUCCUGAACCUUCUACAGGAGACCCCUCCCUAGAGCUGCAGAACUCUCCCAGACCUUGCUGGGUUCCUUGCCUUUAGGGGUGCCUUUCCUAAAACCUUGGGGACAAGGGAGUGCAGCUUCCAAUCUGAGGCCUGAUUUCUGUAGUGCAUUGCCUAGGUAUCAGCAGCUUCAGUUCUUCUAUUCCUUUCCAGAAGCAAGGACAACUCCUCCCCAUAAGUCGAAGCCCCAAGGAAGGGCAGGAGGCUUCCCUUCUUUUCCCCCAACCUCCACCACCCCCUCCUUAUCUUCCCAGCUUUGCUUUUUAGAAUUUCAGCUAAUUGUUUUAAGGGGUGGGGGGUGGGGAGUCUGGGAACACAAACCUUUUAUAUAAUACAAAGCUUUGCUUCCCCCCCCAACCCCCCACCUUUUCCUUUUCUUGGUUCCCUUCUCUCCUCUGAAUGGUUGGAGACACAUCAGCUGAGGGAGGAUGGGGAUUGUGGGACAAGGUCCCUUGGUGCUGAUGAAAUGAAGGGGUCUGAGUUGUGGGCAGAUGCAGUUUCUCAUGGGCUCUGGGGAGCCCCUCAUGUUGCUGUGUCCUGGUGAGCAGCCCGACCAAUAAACCUGCUUUUCUAAAAUGA